AUGAUCACCCUACCAGGCUCAUACUCCAAUAUUGACACCUACGCAGAAGACCUUUCACGUUUCAUUGACUCGCCCCUGUUUCGUCAGAUCACAGGCGAUAUCCACGUGAACGAUGCGUUGAUCUACAAUGCCUGGGAGGCCCUGCCCGCGGAGUGGACAGCCUGGUGGUCGUCCAUACCUGAUCACCGCCUCGUGCAGCAGGACCUGGUUGACAGCAUCGAGGAGCUAAGCACCAUUUCGCCAACGAAAAAUGAGACCAACAACAACAAUGAGAACCGAAGAGCUCUGAAUCCAUCAGACCGGCCAGAGUCGCUGACGACAUGGCUCAGAACAAUGCAAUCUCUUUCUCUGCCUCGCUCGCAGCGCCCCGGCCCGACUAUCGAUCUUCCUCCUGUCCUCACGGGCCGGAUGAAGACAAAAAAGAUUGCCGAGGUCUCUACCGCUGCAGCGUACAUCCACCACGUCUGUGAGACCAAAAACAUCACCCACAUCAUCGACAUGGGCUCAGGACAAGGCUACCUGUGCGUCUCGCUCGCCUACCUCUUUCCCCAUCUGCGGAUCCUCGCCAUCGACGGCAGCGAGACCCAGCUUGCCGCCUCAAGGGCAGCCGCUGCCAGCCUCGGGGUUCCCGAGCAGAGAAUCCAGCACCUGCGACGCUUCAUCGAGGGCGGCGGCGGGCGCUCGUCGUCGUCGUCGUCGUCGGCAUCGGCCGCAUCGUCUCUGACGGAGGAAAUGGCCGCCUGGGCAGCUGGCGAGAAGUGCAUGCUCGUCGGCCUGCACGCGUGCGGCAACCUGUCGGAGCACAUGCUGCGGUUCUUUGUCGAGGCUCCCUUCAUCACGUGCCUCGGGACCGUCGGGUGCUGCUACAACCACAUCGUCCCGCGCUCGGCGGCCUGCCCUGACGGUUUCCCCAUCAGUGAAAAGAUGAGAGGACAAGGCGUGCAGCUGAGUGCGACGGCGCUCAUGACGGGCUGCCAGGCCCCAAACAACUGGGAGAGGGCGGACCUGAGCGGCGAAAAGGAGUCUUCGUCGGACUAUUCGAAGCGACGGCUGUACCGGGCGGUGCUGGAGAAGAUCCUUUUCGACAAAGGCAUCGAGGUUGGCGGGACGGCGGACAAGAGGCCCGUCUGGGGCGUGCGCAAGGGCGACAUGGACAGCCUGGCCAGCUUUACGCGCAGGGCCGUGUCGUGUCUCGGCAUUGACGGGGUGAGGAUCACCGACGAAGAGCUCGCGGCAUAUGAGGAUCGGUAUCGGGGCCACAGCGGGAGGAUCGCGAUCCUGUGGACGCUCAGUGUCAUGUGCUGCAAGAUUGUCGAGAGCGUGAUUGCUCUCGACCGGUAUUUGUUUCUGACCGAGAAUGGAGGGGAAGAGGUGGAGGUUUUGCCAAUCUUUGACUAUAGGAUAUCGCCGAGGAACUUGAUGCUUAUAGCUUGCAAGAAUAACAAAUCGAAUCGCUAG